GCCUAUCUUUGAGGUAUCUAUAGACAACACAGAUAGACAAUGCUUCCCGCCAAUAGCUCAGAUUAGCACGUGCUGGUUGGGUUAGUGAAAUGAAGGAAUGGAACUCACCACUGUUUAUAGACAAUUGUCACCAUACGCUUUUGCCGGUUUUUACAUGCCUGUUGCCACAAACUAAAAUAAAGAGAAUUUCUAAGUUUUCUUUGGCGAUUAUUUGGGCUUCGAGCCAUUUGUAGUUCAGUCUUGAGAGGGCGCUUGACUUUGCAAAACGUGUCCAGCUUUGUGCCUGUUGCAAUUACAAAAUUCCUAUACAGUCUAUAUAAACCCUGAUCCCAGGACACUGCGUCCAGAUCCCGGGCGGUGCAAAUGAUUUUUUGUGAUUGCACAGUGCAAAAAAAUGUACAGUAAAAUUUAUCAGCUCGCGGGGAAAAUAUAGGCAUCUAAAACAAAUUACAAAAUAAAUCAAUAAAAAUGACUGGGCAGGUGAAAAAUGCAAUUUGGUGAAUAAUUCCGCAUAUGCAAGCAAAUAUGUGCAGUCUGUAAUCGAUGCAGUUAUUUCAUUUACAAUAUGUGCAAAUAAAUCUAUAAACUAAAAGUGUGGCUAAAUAAAUCGGCAUGAAAUUGUUGGAAUUUGCAUUUUAAUGAGUUUCAAAUAAAAAAAUACCCGAUGGAAUUCCAGACAAUGUUAACAGCCAGCCUAAUUACACAAACAACCAGUAAGAGAGACGCAAAUAUAAAGUAAGAGCGAGAAAGAGAGAGAGAGAGAGAGAGAGAGGGAGACAGAGAGGCGCUAGUAAAUCAACCUAUUUAAACAGCAAACGAGCUACACACAUACACCCACAGACACACACUUGGGCAAACACACUCAUAGAGAGUUGUGGUCACACACGGAUAAGCGACCGGCCGAAGAUGGACCUACGUAUACGUAAUCUAACACUGCCAACGCCAGCCGCAACAACAAUUAUUUUCUCGUCAACAGCAACAACAGCAACGGCCGCAGCAAUGUCUAGUGGCACGGCAGCAACAAUCGCCCCAACAACAAUAGAAUCAACAGCAACAACAACGCCAUCCACAUUUUUUACAUACAGCAUACCAGGCAUGGACAUUGCGCCGGGACCAUUUAUAUUCACCUACGUUAGUGAAUUUUUAUCGCUUAUCACGCCCGAAGAAUUGCCGCUUGAUUCCAUACGCGACGUACUACACAAAAAUGUCAGCCUUAUCGACUUCGCCGCCAACGCUAUUAAGAUCGAAUCCGGAUUCAUAGCGCUGAUGAGUAUCUUUGCCAUACUAGCGCUGGUGCCGCUGAUUGCCACCUGUGCCUGGUGCUGUGGCCGUCGCGCCAUCCAUGAAGAAGUGGAGAAUAUACGGAAGGCGCAGGUUCACAUACGCGACGAGUCGCUGGAGGAGAAUCUGCGAUGUCGCAAAAGCGCCGGGCUGGUCACUCUCUGGAUUGUCUUUAUCCUGCUCACGCUGAGCGACUUUAGCAUAUUUUAUGCGAACAGUCGCCUCUCGGCGGGCAUUGAGAUGACGCCAGAGAUGGUCAAGUCCGCUGUGCACGAUGUGGAGGUCUUUCUUAAGGACACGCAUCUACAAAUCAAACACAAACUGGAUAAUGGCUUUCAUGUUUCCGUCGAGAGAGUCGUCAAAGACUUGGAAGACGUGGAUGUUCUCCUUGGCGAGCCAAUUCAAGCGGAAAUAUCCGCACACACUGGCCUCGAGCUGGCAUAUGAUUCAUUGACGACACUUAGCCUGGCGAAUGCGGAGCUUAUCUAUCGCGUGCUCAUGCUCCAGGAGACCGUCGGACGCGCCUUGAAGCUGUCACAGGAGGCUGCCGCCCGCAUGGAGGAGCUGCAAAUACAGUUAUCCGUGCUGCAGCGCCAGUGCACGUACCGGGAUCGUCCGCUCUGCGACACAUUGCGUAUACGCAGCUUCGAGGAGAAUGGCGUAGUCGACGCACUCAAGACGCUGCAAGAGGACCAGAGCAUCUUUCGCAUGCGCUAUUUGGGCGAAAUUGAGUUUGGUGCCACUGUCAAAAAUCUGACAUCGGAAGUUGGCGUCUCACGUUCCAUUUUCAGCAAUUUCCCGCAACAAGUCAAACACGACACGGCAUAUGAACGCAACUAUACGCUGGAGCAGCUGGCCAGCAUCAGGCACCGGACAACGGCCAAUGCCCAGAUGUUAACGUCGACAAUUAAUGCCCUGCUGCAGCGGCUGCAGCGCAUGUGGCCAGCCCUGGAGCCGGGCUACAAUGAGCUGAAGGAGUGGGCGAACACAUACUGGAGCAUUGGCUGGAUAGCGGCCAUGGUGAUCGUUUGGGUGAUGCUCUUUAUGUUGAUGUCCUACUGCUGUUUCCUCUGCGAAUCGAAUGUGAAGUCGGGCGUGGUAUUUUUCGUCGCCGUAUUGAUAAUAUGCGUGGGCAGCAUCUGCCUCACCUUCUAUGGCGUCUUCUCGCUGGCCAUUGGCGGCAACACGGAGGUCUUUCUCUGUCGCUCUCUCAACGACAACAACUACGAGAUGCUGGGUAAGCUAUUCGAUAAGCCCGGCUAUGUUUAUGCCGACGAGCCCCAAACGGGCAUCAUCGGCGAGCUGUUGCGCCCCGCUGGUGUCAAUCGGUCUGUGGUCAAUGUCAAUCUGGGCACUGCGCUCCGGGGCUGCGAACAAAAUCAAGCAUCGUACAAUGUCUUUCAAUUGGAUGCGUUCGUAAAUACCACAAAAAUAGCCGAUUUAAAACAAUUCCCAAAAGUCUCAACGGCCAUCGAUUCCAUUUCCGUAUCGGAACGCACACUGCUGUCGCUCACCCAGUCCAUACAGAACAUAUUGGAGAAUAUGCUGCAAACAUCUGCAUUCAAUUUGACCACAUACCGCAACAGUGUCGGUGCGCCCACGCCCGAGAAGGACUUGGCCACAUUCAUCGAUCAAAUGCAACGCGUUGCAUUACAGAUUCAGGACGUAGCCACAUCGUCUCGCAUGACCACGCUGGGCAGUCGGUCGAAACGUUUGCAGGCAGCCAUACUGCAACCGCUGGAGAACCUACAGAAUGAGAUACUUUACCAUCUGACAGCAUUGGAGCUGCAGAAGGAUCCAUGGGCAAAGCAGGUCAAUCAGACGCUCAAUCAUUUGAAAAGCAUACAGGGCUAUUUGGAGAACAAGGCCGGCGAGAUCUGUCACAAUCUGACGCGCGUCUACACGGAGCGACUCAAGACCUACUUGACCAGCAGUCGAGCCACUAUGGAGUCACAGCUGGGAGAUACGACAACCAAGUGCCGCCCAUUCUACGAUACGUUUGAUGCCAGUCGCAUAUUUCUGUGCCGCAAUCUGGUGGACUUCAUCAAUGGGCUGUGGUUCUUCAUAUUCCUAACCCUGCUGCUCUGGGCGAUCGGUACGCCAGUGGGUCUCAAUCUGAUCACCAUAGAGACGCGCCUGAAUGCGAUGCAGAGGGCCCAGGCACGCAGCAAGGGCAAGCAUCGACAGCGCAGCGACAGAAGCGACCGGAGCGACAGAAGCGACGAGCGGCCACGUCGCGGCGACAGUCGCGGACGCCAGAAGCAGCGCACGAGCAGCUCUGCGAAGCGUGAUCAGCAGAGGGAACGCAGCACUAGCAGCACGGCAAGAGCCAGACCGCCACUACGACGCACUGCCACAGAGGAAACACUGGACAUAGGCGAUGAGGAUUCAACGCCAUCGAGACAACCGCAGCAGCAGCCGCAGCAUCAGCAGCAGCAUCAGCAGCAGCAGCAGCAUCAGCGUCGCCAGGAGUCGGAGCAACGGGAACUGGAGCGGGAGCGCGCGCGUGAUCGUGACCGGGAGCGUGAUCAGCGUAGUCGAGAGCGUGAGCUAAGCCGUGGACGCGAAAUGGCGACCAUCAAUACGCCAGUGCGCAGUCGCCAGCAGCUCCAACGCACUGGUACCGAUGACUAUGACAUGGACGAGAGCGAUAUGUACGGUACUGGUGCACAUAUGGACGCUGACGUUGUUGCGGCAGCUCGUCGCACUCCGCCACGUGGCGCGCCGCCGCCUCCGCCACCUCCAGCGGCCGGCUUGAACAGCGACAAAGUCUAUAUAUUCUGAACUUACUUUUUUUCUCGUACUGCCAACCGAUAACUACCCCCAAAAUGGCACGAUCGUGUAUACCCUGCAAAAUGCUAUAGAAAUAGCAGUGGGGCACGCAGCGUGCGUUGGAAUGAAGAGGAGGACUUUGUCUUCGAAGAUGCUGACUCACCGAAUCCGAAUCCCAUGUACUUGAGCCGUAAUAUCCACUAAGAUUGCCCACAUGCCAUACUGUGUCCUACGCUUAGUAAACCUUCUUUUGUAUUUGGCUUACGAUAUUUCUUCUUAAGUUAAAUGUAGUCUAGUUACAAGAUUGUAGCAUCAACGAUUUAAUAUUUAAUAAGCAUUUACGGUUGCAAGCAAUCACAAAUAAAGAAUAGAGCAACAU